CUUUUGUUUGCAAUGAAGGACAACUUGCAGCGUUUUGACUCCUUGUCAAGCACACUUUGGCAUUGUUUGUGUUCAACUAGUGAUUCAUCUUCUCAUCAACAAUGGCAGUAUGUUGGUUGAGUUACAUUGUCUUUUAGCAAUUUUGUCCUUGUUGUUGUAGGUUGAAUGCAGCAAACAGGAUGAACUUAAGCCCCACAUAAAGCCUCAAAUAUUGAACAUGACCUUGAAGUCCCAAAGCGUUUUAUAUACUAUUUGUCUUAUUGUGUAAGUUGACUUUUUAUCUCAUGUAAAUACUCUACUGCUCUAUCUGUUCAGAUAUUAUGAUUCAAUCCUAUUUUCUUCAACAUAAACACACAUUUUGGUUAGGUUUAUUGACCUUCCUUACCCGCAGUUAUAUUCUUCUAUUACAUUUUUUAAACAAAUAUUAUUGGAAAUUGGUGCAUGAAAAUCAGGUAGUAUACUCCUCACAUGCAACACAAUGAGGAGGGAAAAAAACUUUAAAAAUAUCAAAAACAGUGGUUGAUAUAAAGGUAAUAGAUCCACUAAUUUCCUCAUAUCAGUUACAUUUAUUUCGAUUUUGCAUUGUUGCUUAACUGGGCAAUUAUCGAUUUGAUUUAACAUUUAAUACUUUCUAUAUUAAAGAUCUAUCAUCUAACAGGCUCUUUGUGUUAAGAUUUUCAAUUCAUGAUCAAUACCUCUUGUAAUUCUAAAGAAACUAAAUAGAUGAAAAUUCGUCAUACUCCUCACAUAGAGACAAUUCAGGACCACUGAGUGAACAGCGACUCUGAAAUAAAGCAUCUUCACAGUGAAGGUCAAGAAAACUUUUUCAUUCAUUUUUGCUUCGUGUAUGUAUCAUUGUUCUUCUUGUCCUGUAUAUAUACAUUUAAUUUUAAAUACAUGUAUAUGGCUAUAAUUUUAUUUAACAAUUUUGUCGAUUUAUUGGUUUAAAAACUGUGCACUUCAAACGUCUUGUAAAGAGGAAAAAGUGCUGUGACUUUAAAGAGCCUAUCAAGAUGCGCUUCCUCCUCAUUGGCUGGUGGAAGUACAAGCAGUGGACCAAUAGAAUUGAAGACUGUACAAAGCAAUCGAGUCCCUGCCCCCACUCAGCUUCAUCACACUAUCACGUAGAAUGCACUGAGCUGCAGCACAGACAGGAAAGAAUGAGCUCCUAUUUUCUGACAUCAGAACAAAUAUAAUAAUGUAGUUAUGCUCAGACGGCGUGGCUUGUUUAUUCUGGAAUUAUCCCCCGUUUUUCUGGACGUAACAUUUGCUGUGAAGAGGAUGUUGAUGUGGAUGUUUGCGUGGUAGCGAGCCAGGAUGACAAAGACAAUAGGAUACCGAGACUGGAGAUGGCAGGCUCUUUUGUGGCAUCAUGUCUUCCUCUUGUGGACUACAGUGGAUGCACAGACUCGUUACAGCAUCCCAGAAGAGCUCAAACAAGGUUCUGUGGUUGGAAAUCUUGCCAAAGAUCUGUCUUUGGGACUGUCUGAGAUAUUUGAGCGCAAGCUGCGUGUCGCCUCUGAGGCUGGUAAGCAGUAUUUCAGCGUGGAUGCGGGGAAGGGAGAGCUGCUGGUCAAUGACAGAAUAGACAGAGAGGCUUUAUGCGGACAAAGCGCCAGCUGUGUGCUCCCUCUGCAGGUCGUUGUAGAAAAUCCUUUAAGGUCGCAUCGAAUUGAGGUAGAAAUUAAAGACAUUAACGACAAUUCACCUCGUUUUCCGACAGCGGAAAUUAACCUUAAAAUACCAGAAUCAGUUUCUGUGGGCAGACGUUUUCCUUUGGAGAUUGCAGAGGACCCUGAUGUGAGAGAAAAUUCUGUGAAAGCCUACACUCUCAAUAAAAAUGAUUAUUUUUCUUUAAAAUUUAAAGAGACAAAAAAUGGAAAAUCUGUGCCUGAAUUAGUGUUAGAAAAAUCAGUGGAUCGGGAAAACAUGCCCAUUCAUCAGCUGGUCUUAGCAGCACUGGAUGGAGGAAAUCCUGUUAAAUCUGGAACAUGUAAAAUUAUCAUAAAUGUGCUUGAUAUUAAUGACAAUUUUCCUAUUUUUGACGAAAACGACUACAAGGUUUCUCUAAAAGAAAAUAGUACCAAAGGAACAUUUGUGAAGAGAGUAACAGCUAAAGAUGCAGAUGAAGGCAUUAAUGCUGAGAUUAAAUACUGUUUUGGUACUCGCACUCCAGAGGCUGUUUUAUCAACAUUUGAAAUUAAUGAAGUCACUGGAAAAAUUAUUUUAAAAGGAGAAUUGGACUAUGAAACAUUCCCAUCUUAUCUGAUUGACAUUACUGCCAAAGACAAAGGUGUACCUGAAAUGGAGAGUCACUGUCAGUUACAGUUAGAUGUAGAGGACAUAAAUGAUAAUGCUCCAGAAAUUAUUCUGACCUCUAAACCCAGUCCUGUAAGAGAAGAUGCUCCAUAUGGCACAGUGGUUGCUUUGAUUACUGUUAAAGAUAUUGACUCUGGUAAUAAUGGAAACGUGACGCUGCAGCUUCCCAAAAGUUCACCUUUAUCCCUGAAACAGUCUUUCUCUAAAAAUUAUGAACUGGUCACCAGUGGUGCUUUAGACAGAGAGAGAGUGUCUGAGUAUAAGAUAGAGAUAACAGCCACUGAUUCAGGAUCUCCUCCUCUCUCCAGUAAGAAAAUGAUAGCUGUCAGCAUCACUGAUGUCAAUGACAACCCUCCUGUAUUCUCUCAGAGCUCUUAUAAUGUUUAUUUAAAAGAGAACGGAGUAGCAGGCUCUAUACUGUACUCGGUGUCUGCAUGUGACCUGGAUGCUGGUGAAAACGCCAAAGUGUCUUACUCUAUCGUGGACUCUAAAGUGCACGACGUGUCCGUGUCGUCUUAUGUUUACAUGAACUCAGAGAACGGCAGCAUCUACAGCAUGCACUCGUUUGACUAUGAGAAAGUCAAAGUGUUUCACAUCCAGGUUCAGGCAAAGGACCAGGGCUCUCCAUCUCUCAGCACCAACGCCACCGUCCAUGUUUUUAUCCUGGACCAGAACGACAACGCCCCCGCUGUCAUUUACCCUUCCCCCCACGCAGCCUCCCACCUGAGGGUGCCCCGCACGGCCAAAGCGGGCCAACUAGUCACCAAGGUGACGGCAGUGGACGCGGACUCAGGCCACAAUGCGUGGAUCUCGUACAAAGUGUCUGAGGCCACAGACGCCUCUCUCUUCAUGGUCAGUGUGUACACAGGGGAGGUGAGGACUAAACGUGCUGUGUCCGAGCACGACGACUCCUCUCAGAGGUUGAUUGUUGAGGUCCAGGACGAUGGGGAACCGGUCCAGUCGGCCACUGUCACGCUGUCCAUCCUGCUGGAGGAUGGUGUGAGUGAGCCCAUGUUGGAGCUGAGACACAAGGCGUCCGAGCCCAGUAAGACAAGUGGCAGAAUCACACUUUAUUUGAUUGUGUCUCUGGCCUCGGUGUCCGUGCUGUCUCUGGUGACUUUGCUCAUCUUAGCGGUGAAAUGCAUGAGGAGCAGCAGAAGCAGAGCUAGUUGCUGCACGAGACGGACACACUGUGAUGAGGACAAGAAACCCAACAGAAAGCUGCACAUUCAGCUCAACACUGAUGGACCUAUCAAGUACGUGGAGGUUCUGGGAGGAGACGUCAUGUCUCAGAGUCACUCCUUCAGGUCGUGCAUGUCUCCAAUGUCAGAGUACAGUGAUUUCACUUUGGUGAAGCCCAGCAGCACCACUGACUUUAAGGAGGUCAUCAGCGUCCUGGACGCCUCUUUACCUGACAGCACCUGGACCUUUGAGAGCCAGCAGGUGAGCACUACUUUUGUUUGCAAUGAAGGACAAGUUGCAGUGUUUUGACUCCUUGUCAUGCACACUUUGGCAUUGUUUGUGUUCAACUAGUGAUUUAUAUUUGUAUCUACAAUGAUAGUAUAUUGGUUGAUUUACUUUCUUUUGUUUAGUCGUUCUUGUUGUAAUCACAAAUUGUGGGUUGAAUGCAGAAACCUUGGUGCAUUUAACCCACACAGGAAGCCUAAAAUAUUCUUCAUAUGAUAAAAAGCUAUUUUAUUUACAAUACUUAACUGCAGCGUAAUUUGCCACUUUAUCUGAAAUUUAAAUUAUUUGCUGCUCCAUCUGAUCAGUUGUUGUCCGUUUUUCUUUUUUUAAAGCAGCAGAUUAGGUAGUUGCAACUGAUUCCGUACAUACAACACAAGGAUAAUAAUUUAAGACUGUAAAAUGCAUCAACAGCACAGUAUUACAGCAAGUUUUUUUGAUUUUCCUCUCAUACACAUUGAUCUAGCCGAACACAUUUUGCUGUCUUGGCACUUAAAUAAAUAUGAAUUAGGAUUUAAUAUUUCUUUGAAUGUUAGGACCCAUCACUGACAAUGUGUUAUUUUUUAAAUUAUGCUGAGCAUCUCUUGUAGUACUUCUCAAUACACUAAACAGAUGAAGAUAUAUCAAACUUCUCAAGAUGAACACAAAUCAGCACCGUUGAAUGGACAGCGACUUUGACAAAAAUCAACAGCACAGUAGUUGAAUCACAACUUGGUCAUUAUUUUUGUCUCAAAUAUGAAGUACACUUUAUGUUGUAUUUAUACAUUUAAUUUAAUUUAAAAUACUUUCACAUGUCGGUUCUAAUUUUAUUUGACAUUUACUGGAUUUACUUAAAAAAAACGAAUGUACUUUGCUGAUAUUUGUCUUUACAACGUUAUAGUAAUGCUUGCCAAGACUAAAAAGUGCUGUGACUUUAAGAGCGCAUGGAGCUCUGCUUCCUCCUCAUUGGUUGGUGGAAGUAGAAGCAGUGAACCAAUAGAAAUGAAGACUGUACAAAGCAAUCUAGUCCCUGCCCCCACGCAGCUUCAUCACACUAACACGUAGAAUGCACUGAGCUGCAACCCAGAGAGAAAAAGAACGAGCUCCUAUUUUCUCACAUCAAAACCAAUUUAAUUCAGUAGUUAUGCUCAGACGGCGUGGCUCGUUUGUUCUGGAAUUAUCCCCCGUUUUUCUGGACGUAACAAUUGUUGUGAAGAGGAUGUUGAUGUGGAUGUUUGCGUGGUAGCGAGCA